AUUUCAUUUGUUGUGCCUUCAAUGGGAGAUAACAAUGUUAAUCUUCCACCCGGGUUUCGCUUUUAUCCCACAGAUGAAGAACUUGUAGUUCAUUUCCUUCACAGAAAGGCAUCGCUUUUACCUUGCCACCCUGAUGUCAUCCCUGAUCUUGAGGUCUACCCCUAUGAUCCAUGGGAACUUGAAGGUAGAGCUUUGGCAGAGGGAAACCAAUGGUACUACUAUAGCAGAAGGAUACAAAAUAGGGUCACUGGCAAUGGGUAUUGGAAGCCAACGGGAAUGGAAGAACCAGUGGUUUCUAGCACAAACAACAAGAGAGUUGGCAUGAAGAAGUAUUUUGUGUUCCAUGUUGGAGAAUCCCCUUCUGGUAUCAAAACCAAUUGGAUAAUGCAAGAAUAUCGUCUCUCAGAUUCUGCUUCCUCCAGCAGAUCAUCCAAAAGAAAGCCACAACAAAAAAUAGUUAGUAUUUAUAAUGAUCACAAUAAAUGGGUGAUAUGUCGUGUUUAUGAGCGCAAUGGAGACGAUGACAAUGGAGCAGAACUGUCUUGUUUGGAUGAAGUUUUCUUGUCAUUGGAUGAUCUUGACGAAAUAAGCUUACCAAAUUAGAUCAUCAUGCAAGGGAUUCAAUUAGCUU